GAAGUGUAGCAACAGAUUACUUUGAAUUCUUCCAUAAAGAAAGACGAGUAACAAGAACAAGGGCAUAUGUGAGAAAAUCUGUAAUUUGAUCAGUUCGAAAUCAGCUAAAAUAUCAAUACAACAUCGAGACAAUGCCUUCUCGAGAGGACCACAGUCAUGGACGCAUAGCAAAUUUUAAAUUUAAUAAUAAACACGAAGAAGCAAGAAUAAGAAGGAAUACAUUAUCAGUGGAGCUACGUAAAGCCAAAAAGGAUGAUCAAUUGUCAAAACGACGUAAUCUUGACACAAAGCAAGAACUGCCAGAUUUAUCAAAUGAAGCUGAGCAUUCACCCACCACUGCUCUUUCGAUAGAUGAAAUUGUAAAUUACAUAAAUUCAUCAGACGAAACAUUACAAUUGCUAGCAAUUCAGACUUGCAGAAAAUUAUUAAGUCGAGAAAAAAAUCCUCCUAUAAAUGAUAUGAUAGAAGGUGGUGUAGUACCACGCUGUAUUAAGCUCUUAGAUAGUGAUCACAACAUUCCCUUGCAAUUUGAAGUUGCAUGGGUAUUAACUAAUAUAGCUUCGGGUACAUCUGAACAAACGCAAAAUGUUGUAAACUAUGGAGCGGUACCAAAAUUGGUGAAGCUACUUAAAUCUGCAUCGCCUAUUGUUGCGGAACAAGCAGUAUGGGCAUUAGGAAAUAUAGCCGGAGAUGGACCGUAUGCACGUGAUCUUGUUCUCGAGCAUGAUGCUCUACCUCUUUUGCUUAAUUUAAUUAAACCUGAAACUUCAAUGACAUUUAUGCGCAACAUCGUAUGGACUUUAUCUAAUUUAUGUCGAAAUAAGAAUCCACCUCCAUCCUUUGAAUUGAUUAGACCUGUUCUACCAGUAUUCAAUCGCCUUCUUAAUUGUACAGAUCAAGAUGUACUUGCUGAUACUUGCUGGGCACUUUCUUAUCUUACUGAUGGAUCUAAUGAUAAAAUACAAGCGGUAUUAGAAACUGGCAUUAUACCAAAACUUGUAGAGUUGCUGACAUCGCAAAAAGGAACUAUCCUUACUCCAGCAUUGCGCACAGUUGGAAACAUAGUAACAGGUGACGAUGCUCAGACGGAUGCUGUAAUUUUGGCAGGAGGAUUGUCGUAUCUUGGUGCCUUGUUGCGGCAUCAUCGUGCCAAUAUUGUAAAAGAAGCUGCUUGGGCAAUCAGUAAUAUUAUGGCUGGUAACACAGAUCAAAUCGAAAGUGUGAUAAAUGCUGGUCUAUUAUCACCAUUGAUAGAAGUACUUCAGGUUGGAGAUUAUAAGGCACAAAAAGAGGUUGCAUGGGCUAUAUCUAACCUGACAACAGGAGGAACAAUUCAACAUUUAACUCAAUUAGUGGGAGCGGGUGUAUUGCCACCUUUUUGUAAUUUAUUGGAAGCAAAGGAUUGGAAUAUUAUUAUUGUUGUCUUAGAUGGUUUAACUAAUAUCUUGCAUGCUGCAGAGAAAAUAGGACAAGUAGAAAGACUUGCUAUCAUGAUCGAAGAAGCUGGAGGAUUAGAUAAAAUAGAAGCUCUUCAACAUCAUCAGAAUGAGCAGGUUUAUCAAAAAUCUAUGGCUAUAAUUGAUGCGUUUUUUUCUCAAAGGGAUACCGAAGAAACUCUUACUUCUGAAGUUAAAGAAAAUUCUGAUGGACAGAUUGAAUUUAAUAUGAUGGAAGACUCACCGAUAAAUAAAUUUAAUUUCUGAAUGAACACAUCUUUAAAUUCGGUUUGAAUAUAUAAAUCAUAGAAUUUAUCAAUAUGAGGCUCAUUUAUUAUAACAUGAUAGCUAUUUACAAUAAAAAUUAGAAUGUUUGAAUCAAUUAAUUAGGUUUCAGCAAUAUUUACAUGACAAAAAAUAAUUAAAAAAAUCUUAAUUAAAGUAAUACGAAUCUUAUUCAAUUUUGAACAAUGAUCUCAUUUUAUACAUAUAUACUGAGGAAUAAAGUAUUGAAUAAAAUAAUUUCAUUUUCGAUAAUUGAGUUUUUUUUUAGAUAUAAUGUGUUCUAGGCAUAUAUAAGAUAUUGCUAUAUUAAUUUCAAGAAACUUGCAAUUUCUAGAUGCAUUUAAUGUAAUUUUUAGGAUAAUAGGAACAUUUUGUAAUAGAAAGUAUCUCAAGUAUGACUGGUACUAUUUUUGUUGAAAAAAGAUAAUAUAUGUGCGAUUUAAUCAUG